AGAGAGAAGAACUGAAAAGUGCAAAGUUAAGCUACAGAUGGAAGCCAAGGUAAAACUGCAACUGCGCUGUAUUUUUGUAGUAUGCACUUAAUCAAGUACAGCGGUGACCUGAUUGUCAAUCAUUAGCUUGUCUCUUAUGAUAUUUACUCACAGGCUUAAAGGUUACACACGGAAGCAUGCCAUCCAGUCUUUGCAGCUUUCAAACCGAUCAAGGACAAAAUUCAGAAUUUUCUCUAAGGUGCUGUCAUGGAUCCUUUCUCAGUGGGCUCCCCACAGGAAGUUAUUGAGAGGGUGUCCAAGCAGCUGGGCUGCAGCACUACUUCGCGUGACAUAGCUGAAUAUUUUGACCAACAUGACAAACUGUGGGAUAUGCGUCAGGAAUUCCUGGUUCCGAAAGUAGCUGAUCUUCCGCAAUCUGACCUGACACUUGUGAAUGGCUCAGAAGAUUGCAUUUACUUUGUAGGCAACUCUCUAGGAUUACAACCGAAAAAUACCAAAAAGUACAUUGAUGAUGAAUUGGAGAAAUGGGCCAAAACAGGAGUCCAUGGACAUGUGAUGGGGUCGCGCCCUUGGGCCUGGGCUGAGAACAAUCUGGAAGCUCUCAUGGCAAAGGUUGUAGGUGCUAAACCAGAGGAAGUGGCCUUAUUGAAUGGCUUGACUGUCAAUCUGCACCUCUUGAUGCUUGCUUUUUACAAGCCCACUGCAAAACGCCACAAAAUCAUUCUGGAGGAAAAGGCCUUUCCUUCUGAUCAUUAUGCUGUGGAAUCUCAGAUAUGCCUAAGAGGAUUUGACCCUAGCGAGAGCAUGGUCCUCCUCAAACCCAGAGCAGGGGAGGAGACACUGAGGACAGAGGACAUUUUGUUUACUAUCAAGCGAGAGGGACACUCUGUUGCUGUGGUGAUGCUCGGUGGAGUCCAGUACUACACGGGUCAGCUGUUUAAUAUGGAGGUCAUCACCAAAGCAGGCCAGGCCCAGGGCUGCUAUGUAGGGUUCGACUGUGCACAUGCAGUUGGUAAUGCAGAGCUGCGACUGCAUGACUGGGGAGUCGACUUCGCCUGCUGGUGCACCUACAAAUAUAUGAACUCUGGAGCAGGUGGUUUGGCAGGAGCGUACAUACAUGAGAAACAUGCGUACACAGUCAAACCUGCGCUUCUUGGUUGGUGGGGACACAAGUUGGACACUAGAUUCCAGAUGACCAAUGUGAUGAGCCUGCAGCCUGGAGUUAGUGGAUUCAGACUCUCAAAUCAACCCAUUUUACUGGUGUGUCCCCUACAGGCCAGUCUAGAGAUCUUUAACAAAACCACCAUGAGGGAUCUGAGGAAGAAGUCCAUCCUGUUGACUGGUUAUUUGGAACAUCUGCUGAAGCACUACUACAGCGAGGACAAGUUGGAGCCACAGAAACCUCACGUCCGUAUCAUCACACCCAGUAACCCGGCAGAGAGAGGCUGCCAGCUCUCACUCUCCUUCUCGGUUCCCAUCAGAGUCAUCUUUCAAGAGCUUGAGAAAAGAGGAGUUGCAUGUGACAUGAGGGAACCGAAUGUACUGCGUGUAGCUCCUGUUCCUCUCUACAACUCCUUCACUGAUGUACAUCGCUUCAUCAUGGUGCUCGGAGCAGCUCUGGAAGCCACCAAACAACAUAACUGAUCUCUGACACUGAAAAUACCUGAAAACUAGUUGGAGACCAUUUUAAAUGUGGAAGUGAGAUCCUGGUGACUGAUAGACACAAGCAUUGUUUUCAGCAUUUUUGGGCAACAUAAUCUUUACCCAUGGUUAUUACAGAUAUAAAUCCAUACCCAUUAUUUACUGUAUUCUCACAUGAUCUUGACAUAUGGUUGAGCUCGGGUUUUUCAGUAUGGCGUACUGGUCAAAUUUGACAUUGUAGAGUGAAAGCAUGAUUAUAAAAUAUGUUCAUAUUCUCCAGAAUGUUAGUAGUACAAUAAAAUAAAAGCACAUCUAUUACAUAAGUGAAUAAGUUCUUAACUCUAGCAUAGGCAGACUCAAACUGCAUGUUUAUCAAUGAUACAUCAUUUUCAUUACCAUUUUAUAGGUGGAGUUUCAAAAAUUACCUUUUUGCAUAUAAUCAUCAGAUUUUUAAAGAUAUCUUUAAAACUCUGUUCUGAACUAUCGUUGGGUACUUAUGAGGCUUAUUUCCUCAUUUCAGGUUUCCAUUUAGAUGUUUUCCAAUUACAGCAAUGAGUGUGAGGUGUGUUGGGGGGAAGAGAAAAGCUUUUCCCAGCUUUUUUUUACUACUAUUUCAAUGAGCCUCACAGGCAGCAGAGGGCCCUAAAUAUCACAAAUAGCACUUUAAAAACUACCGCCAGGUUUUCUUAAGCUAGAAAUAAUAUGUGAUGUUCACAUUUCACACUCUUGCAAAGAAUGUUGUGUAUGAACUCUUUUAUUAUUAAGGCCCUGUCUGCAUGACAUUGAUAUUUUUGAAAACAUAGUUUAUACAUCUUCAUUUUCAAAAAAUAUCUCCACAUGAAAUGCAAAAAGCAAUUUGAAAAUGCUCAUAUGAGCCUGCUAGCUCAGAUGGUUAAUAUAGGUGUGUAGGUACUGUAUGUCAAAUGCCUCAUACAUAACAUUACAACAGUCUGUGGUUGGAAAUUGUCCUAUCAGCUGCCAGUUCUCUUGGGUCUUAUCUAAAAAUUUGUAACACCGGAGUGGUGGAUUCAGUAGCAGCAUGGUGUGUAUCACAUUCUGCUGCCUCCACAUAAGUGAAAUGAAAUUGCAAACAUGUUAUCAAAUAAGAAAUGACAACACACAAAGUAACAACUUGGUCAGAAUGUGCAUGCGAGGGUCAACACUGUGACAUCAGCCUUUUGAAAAACAUCUGCUUUUCAGAUCCACAUAGAAACAGUGAAAACCUUUUUAAAGCUUCUUGACGCUUUAUAUUUUUCAAUAAUUGAUUAAGGGAAAAAAAAAAAAAAGCAUCUGUUACUCUAGCCUUCAUGAUAACUGUUCUGUAUUUCAUGUAAAGGGAGUCAUGUAGUAUUUUCAUAUGUAAUUUCUUAAAUCCUCCAGCAU